UCUGGAAGCGGAGCAGAGACACUUGCUGUGGAAAGAAGAGCCAGAGAGAGAGUGGACGCUCCGGACAAACAAAACAGAUCACUUUCACUCGACCCACAACAUCGCAACAUGUCUUCAAAGUGCCCCAAGUGUGACAAGACGGUGUAUUUCGCUGAAAAGGUGUCAUCACUGGGGAAGGACUGGCACAAGUUGUGUCUCAAGUGUGACCGCUGCAACAAGCUCCUGAACGCUGGAGGCCACGCCGAGCACGAUGGACGGCCCUACUGCCACAAACCAUGCUAUGCUGCCCUCUUUGGGCCAAAAGGUGUGAACAUCGGUGGAGCUGGCUCCUAUGUGUACGACACGCCAGCCAACAACAACCCGUCUCCCACCAGUGUUGAUUCGGCACCCAAAGCUGAGGAGAAGCGAGUGUUCGCCCCCAAGGCAGCAUCAAAAGCUGGCGGCAUCACCACCUUUUCCGGCGAAGCCAACCUGUGUCCCCGAUGCAACAAGAAGGUGUAUUUUGCUGAGAAGGUGACAUCACUGGGUAAGGACUGGCAUCGACCCUGCCUGCGCUGUGAGAGGUGCAGCAAGACUCUGGCUCCUGGCAGCCACGCAGAGCAUGACGGCCAACCCUACUGCCACAAACCAUGCUAUGCUGUUCUCUUUGGGCCCAAAGGCGUGAACACUGGUGGCGUUGGCAGCUACAUCUAUGAGAAGGAGCCCAGUGCAGUGACCCAGCCUUGAACCUUUUGUCCCCUCAGCUUCAUCCCUCUUCUCUUCACAACACUGACCAUCAACCACAGUAUUAGUUGUAGCCGUUUUCUCUUCCUGUGCUCCACCUGUGCGUUCAUACCUGAGACAACCAGCCUUCUGAUCCUUUUCUCCUUUAAUCUGACCCGCCGCUCCCAGCUGAUUUAGCACCACAAGGAAUGAUUUCAAAUUGCCUAGAACUUGUGUUAUAUUUGUAUUUGCUCCGGGAGAGCAUCGUCCAGCAUUCCCACAGGUUAUUAUUAUUAUUAUUAUUACAAAUAAUUUCAAAUUUUCUUUGACAUGUUUACACAUUUAUAAAUGUUAUGAGAACACAUUAAAUGUUACCUUAGUAAAAUACGAAGGUCUUAUAUUUUAAUUUUGUACCCUGAAAAUAGUGUGAUUGAGGAGGUCUGUUUUGAGAUGACGCAUGUUUUAAAAAAAGAAAAAGUGAUAGAGAGUGAUUUUUAGGUGUGGAAAAAUGCAUUGUGGGUAGAGGUGUGGCGCGUUGACAGCCAGAUGAAUUUCACCUCGGAGGCUGCUGCAUGCAGGUGGUGCCCCGGAGCACGUUGCCAAUAAAUGUGUAUUUUAUGAAUGCCAUAUUUACUUAUGUGAAAAGAAAAGUCCCAACAUAUUGUAAAAAAGGUGUUAAAUUGGGUCUCUCAGGCGAAGGUUACAUGAUUUACAACCCAUCCACGAGACUGUAUUGAGUCAACGUGAACUUAUUUUACUUUUGAGCAUAUGUUAAUAACCUGUUUAAUGUCAAAAAGUGGAGAAUUUGCUAAUAACACAAAUGUCUAUUUUAAAAUGAGGGUGAAGUUUUGCAAAGGGAGGGCUGUGAUUUUUCAGAAGAGUAAUGUGUAUUUAUUGCUAUAAAUCAAGUCCUUUACAUUUAUUUAGCCAUUGUACUACUACCCUUUAUGGGAAUGAUUACGGACGAGGUCAAACAAGGCAAUGUAGGCUGUAUAAAUCUCUACGAUCAAGAUUUUUAUUGUUAAUUUCAAAUACAUAACCCUGCUGUUAUUUUCCGAGAGAUGAUGCGCUAUUUGAAGUAUUUUUUAUUUUCUUUUGCCAUUUAGCAGAAACGGUAGCUUAGCUUGUAGAAACACUGCAGACAAGUCAUUCUGUAAGAAUGUGCAUCAUAGUAUUAUUAUAUGACUGUUACUGUUUGUUUAAUAUCUGUUGUACAUUGUAGGGCUUCAUAGACCCUGCAGGGCACACUGUUUGUAGAACUGAAACACUGCACUUCAGCCCUGCUGCAUUUGUCUUUUUAAUCCCUCGAAUAAAUAUGUCAAAAAACUGUA